AUGAAGUUCAUUACUGUGCUGGCUCUUUUGUUGCCAGUGGUCUACGCCCUGCCGUAUUCCAGCGACUGGACCCCUAAAGUCACCAAGGUUCUCAGGGUGGAGAGAGUGGAGGAUUCCCACGACCAAGUUGUUUUCGGGCUAGAAGAGGCGUCUCAAUCGAACACACACGACCAGAUCACGCAGCGACCAGUUCCCGGUCUUACAAGCCGACUUCUAUUGUUUCUUUCGCGGAUAUUCGACGACUUUACCGAGAGGAUACGGAUUGUUUUGGGGGGAGAUGGCCCGGACGUCGCCUAUGACAAUGACGGGGUUCGAUACGAGGUUUCGACACGCUGCGAUGAAAACAACAGACGCGUCCGAGUUUUGCGGAUAAAAAGCAAAGGACAGCCUGCCACAUACCGCGUGUAUCCGCUAUCAGGCGAGGACGGCGGAGAAUAUUGUAGAAGAUGGCGGGAAAAGUAUCCGGAAGCAUGA